UCCGCUCCGCUCCCUCCGUGGGGGGGAGGGGGGAGGGGAAGAAACCCCCCAAAAAAACCCCCCAAAAAAAACCCAAAAAAAAAAAUCAAUGGGGCCCAGAGAAUCUCUAGGGCGGGGCCUCGCUAUGGGGCAGCGCUGCUGUGGGGUGGCCCUGACCGGGCUCUGCCGUGGGGCGGCGGCGAUUUUGGGCUGGCCGGGCUUCCCCCGGGCCCACGCGCUGCUUUUGGGGGCACUUGUGGGGCUGGGGCCGCUGCUGAGGGGCAGGGGGGACCCCCACAGCGUGCUGGCCUCGCCCCAUAACCGGCUGGAGGCCCGCCUGACCGCCUCGGCCGCCGCCUGGACCUGGCUCCUGAUUGGCUCCCUCCUGGUGGCCUCCCACCCCUGGCUCCGCCCCCCGUGGGGCUCCGCCCUGCGCGCCCUGGCCCGAUUGGCCGUCGGGCUGGCGCUGUCGCGCGCCGGCCACGCCCUCGGCCACGCCCUGGAGGCGGCCACGGGGGCCUGCACCUCCCCCACCCCGCUGGGGACCCUGCUGCUGCCCCUGGGGGACCCCGCGGCCUGCCGGGGGGCGGGGCACAGCUGGGAGGGCUUCGGCCCCGCCCCCCAGGCCUUCGCCCUGGUGCAUUGUGGGUUGGGGCUGGCCGAGGAGGCGGCGGCGCUGGGGCGGAGCCUGUACGGCGGCGGGGGCAAGAUGGCCGCCCGGCACAAGGUGGCCGCCACGGGGAAGAUGGCCGCCCAGCCCAAGAUGGCCGCCGAAGGCAAGAUGGCGCCCUGGUACAAGAUGGCGCCGUGGUACAAGAUUGGGCCCUGGUACAAGAUGGCCGCCGGAUACAAGAUGGCGGAUGAACCCAAGAUGGCGGGCGAGCCCAAGAUGGCCGCCGGGUACAGGAUGGCGGAUGAACCCAAGAUGGCCGCCGGAUACGGGAUGGCGGAUGAACCCAAGAUGGCCGCCGGGUACGGGAUGGCGGGCGAACCAAAGAUGGCCGCCGGGUACAAGAUGGCGGCCGCGCACGCCGCGGGUGAAGAACCCAAGAUGGCCUCCGGACCCAAGAUGGCGGCCCGCUACAAGAUGGAGGAAGGAGCCAAGAUGGCCGCCGGCAGCGGGUGGGCGUGGCCGCGCCCAACAUGGCGGCCGGGCUCCCCUGCGCGCCCAAUCGGCUUCGAGUGGGCGGAGCCACCGCAUGCAAAUUACGGGUUGGAGUGGGCGGGGCCUCCCGAAUACCCCUGGGGCGGGGCCGGCGGCCAUCUUGGGCGGCCAUUUUGGGGAGGCGGCGGUGGCGGCCAAUAUGAAGGCGGCCGUUUUGAGGGCGGCCAUUUUGAGGGCGGCCAUUUUCCUCCUGGCGGCCAUUUCGAAGCGAGGCGCGGCGGCCAUUUCGAGGGCGGCCAUUUUGAGGGCGGCCAUUUUGACCCCGGCACCCAUUAUGAUCCCAGCGUCCAUUUCGACCCCCCCGGCGGCCAUUUUGACCCCGCCGGCCGCCAUUUCGACCCCGCCGGCCGCCAUUUUCCCAGCGCCGCUCGCCGCCUCGAGGGCGGCCAUCUUGCCGGCGCCUCCGGCGGCCAUCUUGAGGCGCCGCCCGCGGCCCUGUCGGUGCUGUACCUGCUGGCCGUGGCGCUGCUGCUCACCUGGCACCUCCUGCUGGUGGUGACGCUCACCUACCGCCACACCUGGGCCCGCAACGCCGCCGGCGCCGCCCUGGGCUGGGCCGCCUGGGCCCUCACCUACCGCGGCUGGUACCGCUGGGCGUGGUCGCCGGGGCCGCCCGCCGGCCCGGUGAUCAUGUCCCUGGAGGAGAAGAUGGAGGCCGACGCUCGCUCCAUCUACGUGGGCAACGUGGAUUACGGCGCCACGGCCGAGGAGCUGGAGGCGCAUUUCCACGGCUGCGGCUCCGUCAACCGCGUCACCAUCCUGUGCGACAAGUACAGCGGGCACCCCAAGGGCUUUGCCUACAUCGAGUUCUCGGACAAGGAGUCGGUGCGGACGUCGAUGGCUCUGGACGAGUCGCUCUUCAGAGGGAGGCAGAUCAAGGUGAUCCCCAAGAGGACGAACCGCCCCGGGAUCAGCAGCACCGACCGCGGCUUCCCCCGGGGGCGCUUCCGGGGGCGGGGGGGGGGAUACGGCUCCGCCCGCUCCCGCUUCUACAGCGGCUACGCCCGGCCCCGGGCGCGGGGAUACAGGGGCCGAUCCAGAGCCACCUCCUGGUACUCCCCGUAUUAAAAACCCCCAAAAAUUCCCUUUUUUUCCCCCCAAAAAAAAAAAAAAAAAAAAAAAAAUUCCCGGAUUUGGGGGGGGGGGGGGGGGGGGCCCCGCCUGCCCCUCCCCCACCCCUGGAGAGAAAAAAAAAAAAACCAAAAAACCCCAAAUUUCUCUUUUUUCCCCCCAAAAAAAAUUCCGAGUUUGUUUUUUGCAGGUGGAGCCGGAGCUGGAAAAGGCGUCGGGGGAGGGGAGGGGGAAAAAAAUCCCAAAAAAAAAAAAAACCAAAAAAAUAAAAAAU